AAGGAAGGCGUUGCUGACGCGAACGAGUGGAAAGGGAAAUGGCGGACCUCGAAGACGUUAAACUGGACGGGAGGCCACUACAAUCUCUCCGCGUGGCGGAUUUGAAAGCUGCUUUGGAGGAGCGCGGACUUCCUAAAAGCGGACAGAAAAAUACUCUCGUUAAGAGACUCAAAGGGGCUCUCAUGCUGGAGAACCUCCAGAGAACCUCACACCAUCACAUAGGACUGCAGCCAAACUCCCAGAUUGGUGAAGAGAUGAGCCAGAACAGCUUCAUAAAGCAGUAUUUGGCGAAACAGCAGGAGCUCUUGAGGCAGCGUCUGGAGAGAGAGGCCCGUGAAGCAGUUGAAGAUGAUGAUACAGACAAAGAGGACCACACAAAGGACAAUAACAGCUCUGCCUGUGCUGCCCCAGACCAGGAUGUCACACCUGUGUUGGUUGACCAGCACAAGCUUUUUGGCCUCUCCGAGGGAAAGGGACUAGCAGGCCCAGCAAGCGAGGGAGAGGGGCACAUGUCCAGAGACGGCCAUGUGUCUGCUCCACCUGCCCCUACCUCUGCUGCCGUUGCCUCUCUGGCUGUGCGUGUUGGUGAGCAGAGACCGGAGAGAGUCCCAACCUCUAGUCAAGUCCCAGCAGAUAGCGAUGAUGACGGCGCUGAUGAGGACUGGGAUAGCGGUGCCAGGAGGAGGAAUCUAGGAGAGCCACCAAGAGGCCAGCUAGCAAGAGCGAGGUCUGGAGGAUCCCGCCAACACCCACAGCACAUUCCCCCCCUAUUGUCUCCGCAGCUUCGACAGCCUACCCCUCCUCCCUCCCCUCCCCCAGAGUUAUCAUUCCCACUGCCUGAUACCCCUAAACAAAGCCCCCCUAGUCCAGGUGAGCCCCCAGCUAGACAGCGUACUUCCAGUACCUCCAGCUCUGGCUCCUCUAGCAGUGGCAGUUGUAGUAGCAGCCCAGAUCCACAAAGCAACACAGAGCGCAAGCCUGGCCCACUGACCCUGCUGGCACGCAAAAUGGCAUCAGAGGGGGCUUUCUCUGGAGUUGGGUGGCAUGGACGUGGGGAUGCAGAGAGGCAGGACAACAAUGCUGCAACUGCAACAAUGUCUUCUGGUAGAGGUCCUCAAGAGGGCACAGUGUCUGCCAUCACCCACACAACCAAUGCUGCAGCCAGUUUGCCCUUCCCCAGACUGGUUCCAGUAACAAACCAGGGAGUUCUUGGAGGCCAUCUCCCCCACAGUGAAGUUCCUGUGAGUGUGCUUAGGCCCACUAUUAUGGAAGAGAGAGAUGCUGUAUGGCAGCAAGAAAACAAGGAAAAGGAGCUGCAGGCAGAGAGGGAAAGAGAAAAAUCCCCUGAGCAAGAGCGAUUUGGUGCCAUGGAGCAGGAAAGACUGGAGAGGCAGAGAAUAUUUGAGCAACAGCGUGCUGUGGAGCAAGAGAGGGAAAGAGCUUUGGAGCGAGAGAGGAAGGAGAGAGAGAAAGCUUUGGCGCGAGAGAGGAAGGAGAGGGAGAUGGCUUUGGAGCGAGAGAAAGCUUUGGAGCAAGAAAGGAAGGAGCGUGCUUUGGCGCGAGAGAGAGCACAAGCUCUUGAACGAGAAGAGGAGGAAAGAGAGAAAGCUUUGGCAAAAGAGAGGGAAGAGCGAGAGAAAGCUAUGCAAUUAGAAAAGCAGAGAGCCAUGGAACGAGAGCGAGCUUUGGAGCAGGAGAGAGAGAAGGAGAAAGCUUUGGAGCGCGAGAGGGAGGAGAAGGCGGCUUUGGAGAGCGAGCGGGAGGAGAAGGCGGCUUUGGAGAGGGAGGAGAAGGCGGCUUUGGAGAGGGAGCGUAUGGUGAAGGUUUUGGAGUUAGAGCGGCAGAAAGCUUUGGAACGGGAGAUGAGGGAGAAAGAGAGGGAGGAGAAGGUGAGGGCUUUGGAGCAAGAAAGAAUCGAAAGGGAGAAAGCCCUUGAGAAAGAAAGAGAGGAGAGGGAGAGAGCCUUAGAACAGGAGAAGGUCCUACAGAGAGAAAAAGAGAAGGCUUUGGAACAGGAGAAGGCCUUGCAGAGAGAGAAAGAGGAGAAGGAGAGAGCUUUUGGGAACAGGAGAUGUCUUGCAGAGAGAAGAAAGAGGAGA